UCUGCCCUUUCUCCUUUCCAUAUAAUAUAAAUAGUUAAAUACAUGUACACAUCAAAUCACAACAAAAACUCUUCACUUAUAAUUCUUCCGUAUUUUAUUUUUCUGCAGUAUUUAGCUUCAAGAGAGAAAACAUACUAUGUAACAUGUUUGAAGAAAUGGGAUAUUGUAUACUAUAGUAAUAAUAUUUUUUUCUUUUAUUUUUACUUAAAAAAAAUCAAUGGCUGGAAUGCUUCCUGGUGUUGAAUGUGCCCGGAGAAGAAGAUUUCAUCAAAGUGGAGGGAGCUGUGAUUCCCUGGGUGCACCCUCAUCCUCAUGUGGAAGGACUAGGAGAUCUUCCUUUUGCUUGUAUACAAGCAAUCAUGAAACUCAUACCACCUCAGCUUCUAUACUGAAACAAAGAACAAUAUUUUCAAAUCAAUUUUACCAAGAUGAUGAGAAGUUAGGGGUAGAAGCCAGAGAAGCCAAAGAAAGAUUGGAUGAAAGAUUGAGAACACAAAGAAAAUCAGAACCAAAAAGGCAAAACAAGAGCAGAGAAUUAGGACAGAAAUAUGGUGAAGAUAAGAAAAAAUCUGAGGUGAAAAAAGAAGAGCUGCAAAUGGAGGUGUGUAGUAGUGGCUCAAAGAAGAGUAGCAGUGGUAGUGGAUCAAAGAGGUUCAGUUGGGCCAAGCUUAGCCCAUGGAGAGCCUCAGAUCAAGAAGAGUGCACCAUUUGCUUGGAGAGGUUCAGGCCUGGUGAGAGCCUGGUUCACUUGCCUUGUGCCCAUCGGUUCCACCAUGGCUGCCUGGUGCCUUGGCUUCACAACAACACUCACUGCCCUUGUUGUAGAAUGGUUAUAAUCACCACCCAAAAUAGUGUAUCUUGAUUUUUGGGUAUCUGGGCACUUUGUAAUCUAAACUCAAAAAAACUUUUUAAUGCAAUAGAGCUGUGAGCUUUGUAGAUUUUGUAACAUGGAAGUUCUGUUUUGGGGACUAAAAAAAACCUUUCUUUCAGAUGGGCAUGUGCACAUUAGAAGUUUUGUGAUUUUUUGUAAUUUUUUUUAUUUCUUUGUAGUCAAUACUAUCUUAAGCUUAUUUUGACA